UUGGUUGGUUUCGCCAAUAAGGGCGCCAAAGACUAUGUGGUCGACUCCAUGGACGCCUCCUUCAGAUACGCUCAAGACUUUAGUUUUCACUUACAAAAUUUCACAGCAAUCGCUUACAAUCGUCUGAUUAAACCGAAACAAGAAGUGACUCUCGCCUACCAAUUCUUCGUGAGCGAGGCCUACAGCGCCCGACCCUAUGGUUUCACUGUUAAUCUCUUUUACAGAGACGUUGACGGCAACCAAUACUUGAACGCAGUCUUCAACGAAACCCUAUCUAUCGUCGAAUUGGAUGAAGGAUUAGACGGCGAAACCUUUUUCUUAUAUGUCUUUUUGGCAGCUGUUGUCGUGUUGGUUGCUGUCGCCGCUCAACAAUUCUUCGUCUCAUUCAGCAAAAAACACAUUUCAUCGGCGAAGGCAUCGAAGACAGAGACCGGAACUUCUAAUCCAAAUGAUGUCGACUAUGACUGGUUGCCCGAAGAGACCCUCAACUCACUCAAUAAGUCGCCGAAAGUAAGACAAUCUCCGAGACAGAGACGAGUAAAGCGAGGGACGGGUUCUGCAGAUGACUAGACAUUAGUGCCUAAUAUAUUACUCACGA